UUUCGAUUCUCGAUAAAAUAAAUUACAUAUGUCACAUCACUAACGCAAAGUACUUUACUGCGGGACUGUCGAAAAUUUUUGGAUUUCAUAAAAAUUGCGUUUUAAAAAUGUUUUCACGCUUAGCUUUGCGUUCAGUCGCGGCCCGUCAGUCCACACCAACAGCGCUUGUCGCUCGUGGCUCAGCCACAGAGGUUGGUGGUCUACGGGAUGAGAAGAAUUUCCCCCGGCCUGUAAGAGGCGAGCCCGGUAAAGUGCGACUUGGCUUCAUUCCAGAAGAAUGGUUCCAAUUCUUCCACGCAAAGACUGGUGUGACCGGUCCCUACACAUUUGGCGUUGGUCUCGCCACAUACUUGUUCAGCAAGGAAAUAUAUGUCAUGGAGCACGAGUACUAUACUGGUCUCUCCAUCUUCGUGAUGAUCUAUUAUGCUAGCACCAAGUUUGGACCCAAACUUGCUGAAUUUCUCGACAAAGAAGUUGACAACGUAGAAAGCAGCUGGAACGCGGGUCGCCUAAGUACAAUCAAGUCUCUUGAAGAUGCCAUCGCCGGAGAGAAGGAGGCUCAGUGGAGGGCUCAGGGACAGGAGCUGCUCAUCGAAGCCAAGAAGGAGAAUGUUCUGCUGCAGCUCGAGGCCGCGUACAGAGAACGGGCGCUCACCGCGUACCAGGAGGUCAAGCGUCGCUUGGACUUCCAACUGGAGAAGACCCUCCUGGAACGCCGUAUCGCUCAAAAGAACAUGGUCGACUGGAUCGUAGCAAACGUGACCAAGGCCAUCACCCCGGACCAGGAGAAGCAGGCCAUGGACCGCUGCAUCGCAGACCUGGCGGCGCUCGCGAAGUAAAAUAUAGUUAUUUAUUAUCUGUAUAUUGUUAAUAAACUGAAAUCGAACGUACCAUAGUU